CGUGGCAGAAGUGAACGAUGACACGUUGUUGCAUGAACUCACUGGUCCGCGUCCACAGCCGGUCGGUAAUGUUUUACCUGCGCUUGUCAGCCCUCUCUUAGAAUGUGCCGCAUCGCCGUCCGAGGCGCGCGUCUCUCGGCGGGCAGAGGUGAGCGGAAGUUAACCAUUACUACGCUCACACGGUGACGUAAGUGGAGAUCUUACGGACAGGUAAAGAAGCGCGGACACGUCCUCGCACCCGCAGCCACGCACGGUAUUUACGCCCAGCCGACACCGGCCCGAUGUCGGCUCUGCUCGGCCGCUGUGCCCGCGCCGUGAGACGCGCGGGGGGACUCGGGCGCAGCAGCGAGGCGUGGAGGACGUGCGCCGCGACGUCGCCCCGGUGGUGUCGACGCCUCCAUGUGGACAGUCCUCCGUGCACUUCCUCUCUGACCAGCAGCUAUGUGCACGGCACCUCCUCCAUCUCUCUGCUCCCCCUGACUGUGGGCCAGAGCCUGGACGCCUCGGCCCAACGCUGGCCUGACCGGGAGGCGGUGGUCUUCCGGCAAGACGGCGUCCGGAAAACCUUUGCACAGUUUCAGCAAGAUGUUGACAGGGCGGCUGCAGGUCUGCUGGCUCUGGGCCUGCAGCGAGGCGACCGACUGGGUGUUUGGGGACCCAACACGUACGAGUGGAUCCUCUUCCAGUUUGCAACAGCCAAAGCUGGAAUUAUACAGGUGUCGUUGAACCCGGCCUAUCAGGUGAAGGAAGUGGAGUUUACUCUAAAGCAGGUCCAGUGUAAAGCUGUGGUCUGCCCGACUCGCUUCAAAACCCAGCGUUUCUGUGACAUGCUGCGGGAGCUCUGCCCGGACACGACGGCGGACGGCACCACCAAAAGCUCCAGGCUGCCCGACUUGCGUAUGGUGAUCGUGACGGACGGCAGGCAGCCGGGGACGCUGCAUGUCGACGACGUGAUGCAAGCGGGGGAGAGUCGGCACCACAGGCAGCUGAUGGAUCUGCAGAGCAGGCUGUCCUGCGACGAUCCCAUCAACAUCCAGUUCACAUCGGGGACUACGGGGAGUCCAAAGGGAGCCUGUCUUUCCCACCACAAUAUCGUAAACAACGCCUACUUCAUGGGUCUCAGAAUGCGUUACGGAUCUCGACCUCGGGUGCGAGUGUGUGUGCCCGUGCCUUUGUACCACUGCUUUGGAUCCGUGUUGGCGGGGAUGAAUAUGGCCGUGCACGGCAUCACUCUGGUCUUCCCUUCCACUGCCUACAACAGCCAAGCCAACCUAGAAGCCAUCGAGAGCGAAAAGUGUAACGUCGUUUACGGCACUCCCACCAUGUUCACCGACAUGCUCAUACAGCAGGAUUUACACCGGCAUGACAUGUCAUCGAUCGAAGCCGGCGUAAUGUCAGGUUCUCCGUGCCCACCGGAGAUCGUGCGUAAACUGCAAACACACAUGAACAUGGCCGAGAUAACGAUUGGUUAUGGAACCACUGAGAACAGCCCCCUCACAUUUCUGGGAUUCCCACAAGACAAAGAGGAGCUGAAGACAAAUACUGUUGGCUGUAUCAUGAGCCACACUGAGGCUAAAGUGGUGGACCCCGACACUGGGGAGAUUGUCCCUGUGGGGGCCUCGGGGGAGCUGAUGAUCAGAGGCAGCUGUGUGAUGCACGGAUACUGGGACAACCCCGAGAAAACCAGAGAGGUCAUCUCCCAAGACCGCUGGUACAGGACCGGCGACACGGCCAGCCUCGACAGUUUGGGGUACUGCCGCAUCGAAGGACGAAUGAAGGACUUGAUCAUCCGAGGAGGGGAGAACAUCUACCCGGCCGAGGUCGAGCAAUUCCUCUUCACACAUCCCAAAGUGCAGGAGGUGCAGGUCGUGGGAGUGAAAGAUGAGAGGCUGGGUGAGCAGGUGUGUGCCUGCAUCAGGCUGAGGAAGGACCAGACAUCCAGCGCAGAGGAGAUACGAGCGUUCUGCAAAGGACAGAUUUCCCACUUCAAGAUCCCCCACUAUGUGAUCUUCGUAGACAGCUACCCUCUGACGGUCUCUGGAAAGAUUAAGAAGAACAUAUUGAAGGAAGAAAUGGAGCAGAAGUUAGGCCUGUAAACCUUUGGACCCCGAUCGACUGUCUUUGAAUGUCAGAAAGGAGCAGUGUCGAGCUGGACUGGGACUCUAACUAAUCAUCCGCUGAAUUGUCAUUGUCAUUUUUAUUUUAUUUUAAUAUUGAUUGAAAAAUACAGUGAGCUCGUCUCAUCUUUAAGCUUGACAUUUAAUUAUUCACCUUAAGAAUUGUUGAAUUAAAAUAAAAGCAAAUGGUAGUACACAAAUCUUUUACUUCCAUGUAAUACUACGUCAUGUUUAAAGACACACAAGUAUUUUAUUAACUUUUUGACAUAGCAUACAAUUACUUUAACAUUUUCAUGGCAUAGAAUACAAUUAGUUAUUUUACACCUUUUUAGAAAAUAUUUUCUUCCGGCCUAUUUUUACUAUCCAUAAAAGCAUAUUUCUUUGCAAUUGCUUUGGUGACAUACAAUACUAUACUUUAUUAUAUAUAUAUUAUAUAUAUUAUAUAAUAAUAAUGUGUUAACAGCACAGAACAAAGCAAUCAACUUACGUUUGGGAUAAAUAAAACUAAAUGAACCAUCA